CUCACUCCAGUGAAAGAGAAAAUCACCUUUCAUUCACCCCAGCAGCCGUGUGGUACCACUAAAAGAAACAAAAUGAAGUUUCAGAAACUUUUUGGGUCCCUGAAAUCCGUCGUUAUUGGAAUGAUUCAUGUCAAAGCUUUGCCAGGUACUCCUCUGGGUUGUCUGAAUAUGCCGCAGAUCAUUAAAGAAGCGUGCCAUGAGGCAGAGGUCUACCUGGAUGCAGGCAUCGAUGGCUUGAUCGUUGAAAACAUGCACGAUGUCCCCUACUCGUUCAGCGUGGGCCCUGAGGUGUGUGCCUGUAUGGCAGCGGUCUGCUCUGCUGUCAGAGGUGUCUGCCCCACCCUGCCUCUGGGAGUUCAGAUCCUGUCCUCUGCUAACCAGCAAGCACUGGCUGUGGCUUUAGCUUCAGGUCUGGACUUCAUCAGGGCAGAGGGGUUUGUCUUUUCUCACGUGGCCGAUGAGGGUCUGCUGAAUGCCUGCGCCGGGGACCUUUUGAGGUAUCGCAAGCAGAUUGGAGCAGACGAUGUGCAGAUCUUUACCGACAUCAAAAAGAAGCACAGUUCCCAUGCUCUGACCUCUGAUGUGACUAUAGAGGAAAUGGCCCGAGCCGCUGAAUUCUUCCUGUCAGAUGGACUCAUCAUCACUGGAGCGGCAACCGGAGACCAGGCUGACCCAUGUGAGCUCAGAGAUGUCUCCCAGUCUGUGAAGAUCCCAGUCCUCGUCGGUUCAGGAGUGACGUAUGACAACGUUGAACGUUUCCUCGCCGCCGAUGGAAUGAUCGUUGGAUCUCAUUUCAAGCACAGCGGCCACUGGGCCAACGCCCUGGAUCCAGACAGGGUGAAGAGGUUCAUGGCAAAGAUGCGUCUCCUUCGAAAGGAGCAGAGAUAGUUUCCUGUAAUCAGGCAGUAGCUGCUGCUGUUUGAGAUAAAGGCCGAUUGGAUCACUUCCA